AUGGCUGCCCGCAAGACCCGCGCUCGCCUCGUGGUGGCCACCACACUCUUCUGGACCUUGCUCACCGCCACCUCUGCCAAGAUCAACCGUGGUAAACGUCAGCUGCCCCUCCCCGGCGAGAGCUAUGAUUACGUCGUCAUUGGAGCCGGAACAGCUGGUGCAACCCUCGCCGCCCGACUGGCCGAAGAUCCUUCAGUCACCGUCGCUGUAAUCGAAGCCGGCGACGGCCUCCAAGACAUCAACCCCCUCGCAUUCAUACCAGGUGCUGAUGUCCUCGGUGUCGGAGCGAGUACAUCCGACGUUCAGAUCAACAACGAUUGGGGGCCGGUGACCGAGCCGCAGCGAGGUGCCGCGAACCGUCAACUCCACUACGCUCGAGGCAAGGGAGUCGGCGGUUCCUCGAUCAAAAACUUCAUGGUCAGUGCAGUGCUCGAACUUGUGCCGUGUUUGUACGACUGCCGCCGACUCGGCCGUAUACGACCGGACUUGAUGAUGGGUAUCUGCACAGAUCUAUCAACGCCCUGACCGCACCUCCUUCGACGCUUGGCAACAAGCUACGGCCGGCCAAUCUUCGCCUGGUUGGAGCUGGGAGGACGUUUAUCCUUACUUCACGUAUGUGUACAUCAUCUCGGAGCCUUAUAGAUCCGAUUGUUCUCUGACCGCACGGUUUUCCUCUUCGACAUUGUUAGAAGUAUAUGGUUGUAUCGUCCUUCAUCUGAUUCUUGCUCCUAUUAUGGUACUUGGGAUUGAGCCUAGCGACGCUUCAUGAACUCCCUAGUCACUCAUUCUCCCUGCUUUACUAGUCUCUAAUCCCUCUUCCCUAUUAGCAUUACGCUUCACUUUCUAGCCUUCCGCGAGUCUGUCCCUUAGUCUCUGGCCACUCUGUUCUCGUCCCUGUUCAUUGGACUGAGUUGUGGUCAUCAUCAGUUACCACUCGAGAACAUUUCUGCAACAGACAUUUUUCGCCAAACAGGAAGAGUGUGACCAUCACGCCCGCGAACAACGCCAAGCGGGGUGCCUAGUACACCCCCAAGUACAAGUGAGCAACUCGAACAUGCGAACAUAUGACGCCUUGAGAAUGUCGCGUUGACGAUAUUUGGCCAUAGCCCAGCCGCGUUCCCCCAGACCGACUCCUCCAAGGCGCCCCUGACUCUGGGCUGGUCCAACUUUGCGUUCGAGUAUGGCUCGACGCUCCCUGCGGCUUACAAUGAGCUCGGCUACUCUGCCGCCUCCGACUUCUCUUCCGGUACUCUCAACGGAUACGCCUACAACCCUUCGACCAUCGACGCCACCGAUGGUCAUCGCGCGACCUCGGAGAAGUUCGUCAGGAAUGCUAAGGCCCAAGGUCGUUCCAACCUCAAAGUAAUUACAAACGCGAUGGUCAAGAAGAUCAACUUUGAUUCGCAGAACAACGGUGAGCUCGUUUAGUACACAUAGGAGAAGGUCCAAUGCUUAUCCUCUCUGUAUUUGUGUAAUUCGCAGCCGUCUCGGUCACGUACACCAGUGUGUUGGGUUUCUUCCAAACCACGGUAGCUGCUCGCAGGGAAAUUAUCGUCUCUGCCGGUGCAUUCCAAAGCCCCCAGCUACUCAUGGUCUCCGGUAUCGGUCCUAAGGACCAGCUUUCUCAAUUCGGGUGAGAAAGAGUGCCUCCAUUGACCCACGGAAGAUGCUGAAGUUGCUGACCGCUCAAUCAUGACUCGUGCGCAGCAUCAAGCAAAUCGUUGACUUGCCAGGCGUUGGACAGAAUCUUCAAGACCAUGCCUUCUUCUCCCCUGCCUACGAGAUUAAGAACAGCAUCUACAACCUUGGUUCCGAAACCCAGCUGUUCAAACUGCUCCUCGCCGGUGGAUCGGCACUCUUCUCGAACACGGGCUCGCUCACCAACCCCGUGUGCGAUCACCUCAAUUGGGGACGAUUCAACAGCUCCUUCUUCGCCCAACACCCCGAGGCCGCAGCUCUCAAUGACCCGUCGCAAUACGGUGCAUUGUGGCCUCACUAUGAGUUGCUCUCCGCCCCGGGGUUGACGGGCGAUUUUAGCAACCUCUUCACCUUGAACAGUGGUCCGGCGUCGCAGACCCCUCCUCGUCUCUUCUACUCCCUCCUUGGUGCUCUGGUCGCACCCUUGUCCCGAGGUGCGCAACCAGGCGGACCUUGACUUUCUUGCGAAAACCAAACUAAUGGACGAGUGCUUCUCUAAAAAUUAGGUUCCGUGACCCUUGCUUCGGCCGAUGCGGGUGUCUACCCGAAGAUCGACCCCAACUGGAUCGCCCACCCUGGAGACCAAGCUGUGGCGAUCGAGAUCUUCAGAAAGAUCCGCCGCAUCUUCAACACCAAGGCUUUCAGUGCCGUCCGUGCCAACAGUCAAGAGUACUUCCCAGGUCAGUAGGCACACAGUUCUCGUGCGCUCUCUCGAUUGAUAGCUCACCCUUAUUGGCUUGCUUGCUCUGCCUAGGUCUCAAUGUCCAGAGUGAUGCAGAGAUCCUCAAGACCAUUCAGUCCUCCAUUCAGUCCUCCAUUCAGACCGUCUGGCAUGCAGCUGGGUAAGCGAUCUCACUGAACGUGGCCCAUUUCAUUGAGUACAACCUGACUCACCUUAUACACCGUCUGUUCUGACCUACAGAACGUGCGCCAUGACCGAUCGUGCCAAAGGCGGGGUCCUCGACCCCUACCUGCGCGUCCACGGCGUCAAUCGUCUUCGCGUCGUCGAUGCCUCUUCCUUCCCCAUGUUGCCUCCUGGACAUCCUCAGUCCACGAUCUGUGAGCCCCAAGUGUAUUACAUCCUCAAAAGCUUCCAGAACUGAAUGUGUUUGGAACUACAUGACAGACAUGCUCGCGGAGCGCGCGGCGGAUUUCAUCAAGUCGACUCGCACGGGUCAGCCCAUCACCCCUCCUAGCGUCAACCUUCCGACUGGUGAUGCUGGAGCGCCGUUUAGUGGCAACUGA